AUACAUCAAUAUACUUAAAGUAUUUUUUGUUUAGUCAAGUCGUGUUAAUUCCAAAAUGUCUCUUUUAACUCAAGUUACGUUGUUGUGUUUGUGUCUGUCUCUGUACAAUGCAGCGGACUUGCAGUUAGGGUCAAAUGCUAAUGCCCAGUUGGGGUACCAGGAGAUUGUCAAACUGGGUUCUGUGCCUUUGUCCACGAGGACCAAGAAUGUGUUCUACAACUCUAACAACACUAAGACUAUUAAGAGCAUAUCAGCAGUGGACAUUGACAAGUCGAAGGCUGUAGCAACCAUCACAGCUGGUGGUAUCGGCUCCUCCUUUGUCAACGUGCGGCUGAAGAGUGAGAAGGGGAAGGGACUCAACUACCUGGUCCAGAUAUUUGUGUGAUUGCAAACAUAUUGAUGUUGUACUAUCUUAUCAUUGACUUUGAAAUGUAUACGUGAGAAAUAUACUAUAAAAAACAUACUUAAUUUGAUACUUA